GCUGUCUCAACAAUAUUGGUGUUCUGUGCUGCUGUCUGUCUAAUCUGGCAACAUUUUACUGUUCUCGUUACAUCAUCGAUUUUGAUCCAAUCGCAAUGUCCGACAAACUAAUUCCAGUCGUCAAAGCCGAGGAGGAAGCCGCAGAAGAGGAAGACCUAGUCGAUCCUCAAGAAGAAUUAAGGGAAAGUUGUGCUCAAAAAUCCGAUGCGCAGAACUUAUGGGGAAAAUACCAGGAGUGCAAUGAUCGCGUCAAUUCUCGAUCCAAAACAGCUGAAACUUGUGAUGAGGAACUCAUUGACUACCUACAUGUCCUUGACAAAUGCGUCAGCAAAGACCUAUUCUCAAGGCUAAAGUAAUGUAGUAGUAGUAGUUCUAAGGUUUAGUUCAGCCCUGAAAUGUAUAAACUCAAAGAAACAGAAGAAUUUACAUUCAUUUUGAAAGGUAAAAUUAAAGGGCUUGUUAGUAAAUUAUUAAACAUGUAUGAGAAUAAAAUGAAUACUUGAUGUUGUUGAUUUGUAAAUAAAUAAG